UUUGACGUGGACUUUGGGCUUUGUAACUUUUCAGACCUUUUACAUGCACAAAAAAAGUAUAUAACGCACUAAAGGAAAGGGGAAAGGCACAAAAGUAUAAUAGGUCCCCUUAACACUAAGUAGCCUACAUGAUUUUUAUAGUUUUUUAGAAAACCAGACAAGCCAUUCAUUUUCAAUUUCACUUCAACAAAGAUGUGAUUUCUUGUCAUGUUAUUUGAGGAGUUGUGAUCAAAUCACUUUGCGUUGUGAAAACGGCACAUUUCGUUUUUCCCUUUUCGAAGUGAGACUCUUCCCAUUUUCCGUUUUUUUUCUCUCUGCCCCAAACGCAACACGAGAGGGAACUGACGUCAGCACCAAAGAAGAAGAAGAAAGUUACGUCAACACGCUACGCGCCAAAUUUGUAGAGUGCGUUGUACGCACCAACAGAACAGCAGAAGAGCAGAACAGCAGCCAGUGGUGUUAACAUUCUGUCGUUGAAUUUCUGCUAUUUGUGAGAACGUAGAACCCUUAAUAUGUCUCAACAUGAAGGCUACUCACCCAGCUUCAAGCGACCGGCUGAAAUUAUGCGAAUGAGGAGGAAAAGAAGCCGAAGCGACGCCGGUAGCGAGCAGGGUUCCACUGGCAGUCCCGGACUGGGCGACUCCCCCCCGGCAUGCGUCCGGCCCUUCUCCCCGGGGCCGCUGUUCAACAGCCAGAGUCGCUCCGGAGGCGGGAGGAAACGCAGAAACCCGUUCGCACACAUUGAGAAUACUUACAGCCCCAAAAAGAAGUGUCUCAUUUAUAACGAUGAUGGAGAUGCCGAAGCAGCGGACAUUUACAAGAUCAAGACAUGGACAGAAAAGGAGCGAGAUGUGGACAUGUCCACAGAGACAGUUUUACCUUUCAGUGCGAGGUUGACUGAGACAGAACAACAGGAAGACCAAGAGAUGUCCAGCAAGAAGUGUCUCAAUUUCUCUGAGGAUGAUUCUCUAUUUGAAGAAGAGGAAGAAGAUGUUAAAAGUCCACUGCUGAAGAGUCCCCAGGCCAUUGCUCCUGCCUCCAUAGCUCCUCCUAUCUGCACAGAGUAUCCAGCAGACUGGAGCCUGAAGACUCGCCUCCUCUUCACCUCCCCGCUCACCCUGUCCUGGGCAGAGCACCCCAAAGCCCAGGAGGAAGCUUCGGGGCACAGUCGGCAGUGCAGAGCUCAGUUUAGCUCUCUGCCACACAGUCUACAGGAUCCCAGGUCCUGCUCUGAGCUUCGUUGUGCCUUCCAGCAGAGUCUGGUGUACUGGCAGCACCCCUCCCUGCCCUGGAUCUCUCUGUUCCCCAGGAUCAAUGCUGAGAGAAACUUCACUGGGAAAAACACCCCAUGGGCUCAAGAUAGAGCACUGCAGCAGAGUCUCAUGAGUGAAUGGUCCGUCAGUCUGUCGUCUCUCUACAGUUUAUUGAAGGCCAGACUCUGUCCUUACUUCUACCUCUGCUCCUAUCAGUUUACAGUGUUGUUCAGGGCGGCAGGUCUUGGGGGCUCUAGCAGCAUUACUGCCUUAAUUUCUCCUACAACCAGGGGUCUCAGAGAGGCGAUGAAGGCUGAAGGUAUAGAGUUCAGUCUCCCUCUAGUGGAGGAGAGGAGGAAGAACCUGACAGUGCACCAGGGAGAGGAGGAAGAGCAGGAGUGCUCUGAGCUGAAAGAGGGUGAAGACUGUCAGGAUGAAGGAGGGAAUGAUGACGAAGAUGGCAGCUUCUCCUGGCUGAAGGAGAUGGGAGUCCAGGACAAAAUCAAGAAGCCAGACAGCAUCACCAUCCAACUUCGUAAGGAGGGUCCGACUGUGUCUCUGGACCACAAGCCGGAGUCUGUGGUGUGUGUGGAGGGAUCACACACCUUCACCCUCAUCAACUUCCUCAUCAACUGUAAGAGUCUGGUGGCUGCAGCAGGUUCCCAGGCUGGGUUACCUCCAACACUCCUUGCUCCCAGCGCUUUCAGAGGAGCUACGAUGCACACACUGAAGGCCCGCAGUGUGAAUGUGAAGAGCCAGGUUGGUUUGACCUACCAGAACAUCAGCAGUCUGGAGAUCACAGGACCUAUCCUCCCCUCCUCUCUCCACACCGUCACAACCCUCCUUCGGCCGGCACAGAAAGGAAACUUCUCAGCUGCUCUUUACACACACACACCUACCGCUGUCAUGAACACACACACCACCAAGCAACAGUGUACCGGUGUGUCGGUAGACCUGUCUGGUUGUGGUCUCCAUCCUACUUCCAUCCAGCAGCUCCAGCAGCCCUCCAGCCUGGUAAAGACUGCUCUGACUCACAUCAACAUGAACAACUACAGCUACACGUGGAAGAACUGAUGGAGGGAAGAGUUGGUGACCAUCUCCCUGGAACUACGAGCUCUUUAAGAACUACAGUGUGUGAUGGCAACUUCUGUUCUGUUGCACAUAAGAGCUGCACUACUACUACUGUGUUUUACCCACGUUUCACUCUACAACAGAUGAUCCUAACAGACCAGUACUCCAAUGAGGGUGUUUCUUUUAAAAUGCCUUCACAAACAUGUUUUAUUGCAUUGCACUGUAUUUUUAAUCCCUCUCUUUUAAAGCUGGGCUCUUGUGAUGAUCGGAUUGUUCUAAAUUUGUUUUUAAUGUCGAUAAAUGCAUCAUUUAGAUUAAUUAGUUUAAAUUGUUUGAAAAUGUAUUUGGAUUACUUUUAAUUUAAUCUUAAAGUUUUUUUUCUUCAGUUUAUUCAAAUUAAACUACUGGUGCACUCUCCCAUGUUUAGGGGCUGAGGAAAUAAAUACAUUCUCUGGAAUUUA